AUGGAUAAUAUUGACUGGGAUGGUGAGGCUCAGCCCAAAGGAGUGGUGCUGACCAAUGCAAUCGGUGAUGAUGGGGAGACGUUUGAUAUAAAAAAAGAACCAGUAGAGGUAAAACAGGAGCCCAUGAUCAAAAGGGAAGCAGAAGAUCAUGCCGAAGUACCUAUGGUAUCGAUGCCAAGACUAAGUUACAGUCAAUCAGCAGUUGAACUUGGCGUCGAUAGAGUAAACAACGAGCCAAGCAUCGAGGAUUUGUAUGCAACGCAUGUGAAACUGGAGCUCAAAAUUGAAGCUGAAUCCAACAGCAAGGUUAAAUCGAAGCCAAAAGAUAGCAAGCAUUCAGAUGGGAACGAAACAUCGAAGGGAAACACAGUGAAGAAAGGUAAUGCAGCGGCGCCAGUGUCAUCGAUUGGAAUGUCAAAGAUAAUGGGCAUUGAAUUGAAAGGCAGAGCCAAAGCGGUGAUCAGUGCUGCAAAUAGAAAGCAGUCUGCGGCAAAAAUGACCAACAAACUGCACAAAUGCCCAUCGUGUGAUUAUGUUGCACCAUGGCCAGCCAACUUGAAGAUGCAUAUGUUGACGCAUACUGGCGAGAGACCGUUCCCAUGCAACAUCUGUGAAAAACGGUUCACACUAAAACACCAUCUUCAAAGACAUUUGAAAACACACCCCGAUGAAUAUCCGUUCAGUUGUUCAGUUUGUCUCAAGAGGUUCAAACGGAAUGAUGAAAGAUCGGAGCAUGAAGCCACUUGCGAUGGACGACGCUACGAAUGUUACUUAUGCAAGAAGUUCUCUACACGAAAUAAGGGUCAAUUGAAGAUACAUAUGCGCGUACACACCGGCAAUUUGUAA